CGCGCGCCAGUCGCGGCUGCGCCGGCGCCGCCACCCCCACAGCGGGCGGAGGUUCGUGCGCGGGGCCAGCGGCCGGCGUGGGACCGACGGGGGCGAGAAGGCGCUUUCGCUGAACGCCCGGCACGGUUUCCUAGAUCUAAAAGAAAGGCUGAGUUAGAGUACCCUUCCAAAAUGGCUGCUAUUAAGGAAGAGAGAGAGGUGGAAGACUACAAGAGGAAAGGAAGACGAUCCUCACAGCAGAAAUACCGUAGACUGAAUAAGGGCCAUGAGCCGAAGGAGCCAGAGCAGUUGCGAAAGCUGUUCAUUGGAGGUCUGAGCUUUGAAACAACAGAUGAUAGCUUGAGAGAGCACUUUGAAAAAUGGGGCACACUCACGGACUGUGUGGUGAUGAGAGACCCCCAGACAAAACGUUCCAGAGGCUUUGGCUUUGUGACUUACUCUUGUGUGGAGGAGGUGGAUGCUGCCAUGAGUGCUCGACCACAUAAGGUUGAUGGGCGCGUGGUUGAACCAAAGAGAGCAGUUUCGAGGGAGGAUUCUGUAAAGCCUGGGGCACAUCUCACAGUAAAGAAAAUAUUUGUUGGUGGAAUUAAAGAAGAUACAGAAGAAUAUAAUUUAAGGGAGUACUUUGAAAAAUAUGGCAAGAUUGAAACCAUAGAAGUCAUGGAAGACAGGCAGAGUGGAAAGAAAAGAGGCUUCGCUUUUGUAACUUUUGAUGAUCAUGAUACAGUUGAUAAAAUUGUUGUUCAGAAAUAUCAUACUAUAAAUGGACAUAACUGUGAAGUGAAAAAAGCACUCUCAAAACAAGAGAUGCAGACUGCUAGCUCUCAGAGAGUGAAAUAUUUUGUAGGCCGUGGGGGUGGCUCCGGCAACUUCAUGGGCCGUGGAAACUUUGGAGGCGGUGGAGGGAACUUUGGCCGAGGAGGAAACUUUGGUGGGAGAGGAGGCUAUGGGGGUGGUGGUGGCGGUGGUGGGAGCAGAGGAAGCUUUGGGGGUGGUGACGGAUACAAUGGAUUUGGUGAUGGUGGCAACUAUGGAGGUGGUCCUGGCUAUGGCAGCAGAGGAGGUUAUGGUGGUGGUGGAGGACCAGGAUAUGGAAACCCAGGUGGUGGAUAUGGAGGUGGCGGAGGAGGAUAUGAUGGCUACAAUGAAGGAGGAAAUUUUGGUGGUGGUAAUUAUGGUGGAAGUGGAAACUACAAUGAUUUUGGCAAUUACAGUGGACAACAGCAGUCUAACUAUGGUCCCAUGAAAGGUGGUGGUAGCUUUGGUGGCAGAAGUUCAGGCAGUCCCUAUGGUGGUGGUUAUGGAUCUGGAAGUGGAAGUGGGGGCUAUGGUGGUAGAAGAUUCUAAAAAUGCUACCAGAAAAAGGGCAAUUUUCUGGACACAUUCUUCUGACUGGGAGCCAAGGGUAGCACAGGUGUAAUCACUGACAGUCCCAGGUAAUGCGUUCCAAAAGCCCAUUCCCCGUGGGCUCUGAAGUAGUAUAGCUUGUAAGCUGUUCCCCUUGCAGAUGUCUGUGCUCAGCUAAGAGCUCAAAAAUAAAACACCAUCUAGUUGUAUUUUUCCGAUUAGAAACACUUCCCACAAUGUAGAAUGGUACAGUCUCAAGUUCCCACAGGUAGAGUGAUAGUGUGCUGCGACUGGAUUUGGUGCACUGGAGUAGCAAAUGUUACCAGCGCAUAUGGCUAGAAAUGGUACUCCAUUCUCACUUCUGACCUCCAAAUUAAGGCACUGCAGUCUGUCCUGUCCUCAUCUGAUGUGAAUUCUUUUGACUAUUGCCAGGCCAGUGCUUGCUGUCAAUUCAGACUCAGAAGAGUAGGGACCCAGUCAAUAAAAGAAAUACUCAGACACUUGGCAAUAUGUACUGGAAUUACUCACACCUGUUUCACUUCUGGGUCAAUGUGCAGUAUAAGGUAAAUGCAAUUCCAGUAUAGGAAUGAAUCUGCAAAGAUGUAUGAAAUGGCUCAAGGCAUAAUCAGUCAUAUUAAUAAUGAAUUAUAAUUUUUAAGAAGUGGUAGAAAAAUGAGUGUGUUGUUUGAAAAAAAAAUUAAACAUAUGUUAUUUAAACACUGUUAUUGGAGUGUAUUUAGACUGCAGUACACUAAAACAAGGAACCAGUGUCAAGAUGGUAGACUCCAAAAUGGAUUUCAAAGUCUGCUGCUUAUUUUCUGUGGAGUUUUAAAAGAUCUCAAAAGUUAAAGCAAGAAUUGGUGGUUUAGUGAACACUUCUGUUGUACAUAUUCAUUUGGGCUUGGGGUGGGGGGGGAGGCUGUACUUCAAUAAAGGCAUUUUCUAAACAACCCAUUUGGAGUUUGAAAACAUGGGAAAGUAAACCACAACUCACUAGGGAGUGAGACACCAAACUACCGACUUGCUUUGUAUGUUACUAUGCUCUAGAAGAUGUGUAGACUUGCACCUGGGGUCUGCAACUGAUUGCAGGGACAACUGGAGGAUGGGGUUGAUGUCCCUUCUAACAAUUGAUCUGGUAUUUCUAAAUUUUUUUAGAAUGUAUUGACAGUGUUCUUUUUAACAGGGCCUCUUGUAGCUGUACUGUGACAACAAUGUUAACUUUGAAAAAUAGUGUCAUAAUAAACUUUAUGAACAAGAUCUGUA